AUGGCUCCCAGCCAUGCGGUCAGUAGGGUAGUCCCCAGCCGGAAACUGGUUGAUAAGCUAUCGACCAAUAUCGAGCAGUACAAAACCAUCAUAGCCAAGCUGUACCCUUCCAAGUCUUUGGAUGAGAUUGAGUCUCUGGUCUCAAUGCAGCGCGAAGAGCUGCUGGAGCUGGCAUUGUCAACUUCGGGUCCUGCGCAAACGACACCAUCACCUACUGUAGAAAGCCACUCGAUAUCAGACCUCAGCCACGGCUCAGGAGGCGCUGAAAGCCUCGAGGCACUUGAACAGGCUCCUCCCCAAGACCCUUUUUGGGACGAAGCUCGCAAACACCAGCUCCGCGUGCAAGGCGUGUCUGACGACGUAAAUGGUCUUUCGUUGUCAGUUGACCGACUCUCCUCUUACGUUGGCAUAUCGUCCAUCACAGCAGCGCUCAAAGUCAUUGUGCGAUGUGCUCCCCAGGCGCGACCUCUCAUUGCCCAGAGCAACAACGAGACAGUUCUGCCGAGCCGGGCAAAUUCUCCAGCGCCGGAACUAGCUGAUAACAGACCAGACGCCUUGCCUCCACCUCCUCAAGGGCAGGCCUUGAUUGAGAGCUACUUUGAGUGUGUCCAUCCCUUCUUUCCCAUGAUCGAAGAACGGAAAUUCUGGUCGACGUAUUUACUAGGAGACAGAAGAGAUUCACCCUGGUUAGCACUGCUCAACAUCGUCUUUGCACUGGGAUCAUUGGCCUCUUCGACAGCGAGCAACGAGGCACACUACGUGUACUUCAAUCGAUCACGGCGGCAUCUGUCGUUCGAAUCUUUUGGUAGUGGCAACCUUGAGGUACUGCAGGCUCUCGCUAUCAUGAGCGGGUACUACAUGCACUAUUUGAAUCGACCGAAUGAAGCUCAUUCACUCAUGGGUGGCGUGCUUCGAAUGGCAACAGCGUUAGGACUACACCGGGAAUACUCGGACAGAGCAACGCACGACAACAAUCAACUACUCAGUGUUCUGGGUCCUGGUGAAGGAGACACUGUUUCGCCCGAAAAUCGGCGGCGUAUAUGGUGGAGUCUUUUCUGUCUCGAUGCUUGGGCUUCAACCACCACUGGACGACCAUCUUUAGGGCGGAUGGGACCAUCCAUCACGGUGUUACGUCCUGGCACGGCCAACAAUUCGGGCAUCCUUCCGCAACCGAACAGUCCACAGUACCUCGAAUACUUGAGAGUAUUGCCAUUGAUCCACGCUUCCGAAUUCUGUACCAUAGCCACGAAGAUCCAAGAUCGUCUUGUCGAGUCACCACUUCUCUCACGGGCGGAGAUCGCCGCUUAUGACGCGGACAUCAUCAAAUGGCACGACGAACUCCCUCCAAUCCUUUCGAAUCCUCUCGAAUCCUGCCCGGACUUCCUACGACGCGUGCGAUUAGUAAUGAAGUGGCGCUUCCAGAACCUGCGCAUCGUCCUUCACCGCCCCGCCCUACUUGUUUCGGCACUGCGCCGAUGUCCGUUACAAGACUUGAGCGCAGAAGAGAAGGUCUCCGUAGGCAAAUGCCGCAUCAUCGCCGCAAAGACAAUCGAAGACAUCUCCAACGAGUGUCUCCCCGAUCUCAUCUCAGGCUGGAACGCCGUUUGGUUCACCUUUCAGGCCUGCAUGGUGCCUCUCGUAUCCCUUUUCAGCGAUACGAGCGUCCCCGAGGAGACGCAGAAGUGGUGUGCUUCAAUCGAGACGGCGCUUACCUUCUUUGCGCGCAGCAAGCCCUGGAGUAUCGCCGCUAAACGCAGCCUCGAUGCCGUAUCGAGACUUUACCAGGCGUACAAGAUGCAAUUUCCAGCGCAGCCCGGCUCGCUUGGCGCGCAGCAGGUCCCUAAUCCCAACAUACCCCAGUUUGCGCCAGACAUGCAAGGCCUGAGUGGCUUCGCCUACGGUGCAGCUGCGCCUGUCCCGGAUUAUGGUUUUGCGAUGAACGCCAACCCCGACAUGAUGGAAGGCUGGGGCAGGGAUCCGAAUAUGGCCAACAUCAGCGGGUUCUGGGACGAUAUGAUGUGGGAUACGAACCUGCCGGAUAUGCUUGACGCGCCAUUUGGCAUGGCGGGAGAUUUCGACUUUCAGGGCGCGGCGCAGGAUACUGGGGCGCCCUGCUGGAUGCAAGGGAACUGA